AUGUCUUAUAAAACAGUUGCAACGAUAAUAUUAUUAGGUCUUUUUAUUGCCGUAAAGGGUGAUGAAGGUGAUCGCAUUAUUGGAGGAAAAAAUGUGCAAAUCGUAGAGUUUCCAUUCCAAGUGUCAUUGCAGUAUAAUAGACAGCACAUUUGUGGUGGUUCUCUUUACGAUAACGACAAGGUAAUUACAGCUGCACAUUGUGUGGAAACGUUUAAAGCUCGCGAUUUAAGUGUUUUGACAGCGCUUCUUGGUACAUCCUCAUUAAGCGAAGGAGGCGUAAGAAUGCCUAUUAAGUCGAUCGUUAAACAUCAGUACUUUAACCUUACCGGAGAUGGCAGCUACGACCUAGCAAUGUUUACAUUAAAGAACCCUGUCAACUUCAGCAGCACCAUAGAACCAAUUACCUUGGCAAAUAAAACUCCAGAAAAUGGAACACAAGUUUAUGUCGUUGGAUGGGGUGUGCUUAAAGCUUCAGAUACAAAAUCCUCAACUAAACUACAAGGCGUUCAGCUUGAUUUCAUUUCAAGGGCGGCUUGCGGACAGCCUCCAAAUUUCUACAAGAAAGAAGAUAUAACUCCCACAAUGAUUUGUGCUGGUGCCGACCCAAAAGGAUCUUGCAGAGGGGAUUCGGGGGGUCCAAUGAUUGAUAUUAAAAGUAAUUCAUUGUUGGGAGUUGUGUCAUGGGGAUCAUCAGUGUGUGCUGCCGGAGGUUUCCCAGGUGUUUAUACUAAUGUUGUAGCCUUAAAAAAUUGGAUUAUAAGUACAGCUAAGGCCUUAUAA